CACCUGUGACUUUUAGCAGCCAGUGUUUAAAAGCAGAGGGAACUUCCACGCGGCAUCAGAUCUGAGCACUCUUCUCUGGUCCUCGUUGCGGCUGCUUUAUAUUCAAAACCUUGCUCAGUGCAGGACACAAGGGCUCAGUUUUGGUGUCAGCCUUCUCUUCUUCUUUCUCCCCGCGCAAGGCUUUAGUGUGAGAAGUUUCUUCCACAACCAUGCUGAAGCAAAUCCUGGCCGACAUGUAUGUGGAUCCAGAGCUGCUGGCAGAGCUCAGUGAAGAGCAAAAGCAGAUCUUGUUCUUCAAGAUGAGGCAGGAGCAGAUCCGGAGGUGGAAGGAAAGAGAAGAUGCGGCCACUGUACCGAAACCAGCGCGGAAGGCAGGCCAUGGAAAAUCUGUGCAGUGGAAGCUGGGAUCCGAUGGUGAUAUCUGGGUUUGGGUGAUGGGAGAGCACUCGCUGGAUAAGCCGUACGACGUGCUCUGCAGUGAAAUUCUUGCCGAAAGAGUGAGGCAGCAGUCGCUCCAGGAAGCAGAAGCAAAAAGGAGAGGUUCAGUGGAAGAGGUGACCGAGCAUCAUGUUAUGUCACAUCCUCAUUGUCUAUCGGACACUCACCUUGGAUCAGAAAUCCAGAGAGACAAUAAAAGCCCUAUGAAUUGGCUGAAGGGUGCAGCAAUCCAAAAUCAAGACCAGCCUUCUGCAAAUAAACUAAGAGGCAUAGAGGAGAUGUUGGCAGACUCUGUCAGGCAUUCAAGGAAGUAUGGCAAUUUGCAGAGCAAAGAAAAUCCAGUAAAGACAACCAUGGAUGAGACUGGAGCACAAGAAGAGUCUGUUCAUAAACUGGAAAAAGAAGAUCCCAGUUGGCUGGAAACUUUGCAACGGUCAAAAGCAGCUGACGAGAGGCGAAGCUCCCUUGCCAAACAUGCCCGAGAUGACUACAAAAGGCUCUCGUUGCAAGGGAUCCACAAAGGAAAAGCAGCCGAAGUUUCAAAGAUCUUUAAAGCAUCAGAGCAAAAACAGCUGGUUCCCCCUCCUUUGCCACCUAAGCCGAAGAAUCUACCUGCUCCUGGAGUAACCAAUGGAAGACCAGAUAGACGGGGAAUACAGCGAACAGUCUCCAGUUCUACUGAGGAAGGUAUUAUUCGGUGGUUCAAAGAAGAGCAGCUUCCCCUCCGAGCUGGCUUUGAGAAAUCAACGGAUUACAUAGCACCCUGGUUUCAUGGUAUUUUAACCAUCAAGAAAGCAGAAGAACUGCUAAAUGGUUUGACACCUGGGAGUUUUCUGAUCCGAGUCAGUGAAAAGAUCAAAGGCUAUGUUCUUUCGUAUUUGUCAGCGGAAGGUUGCAAACACUUCCUGAUAGAUGCUUCUGGCGACUCUUAUAGUUUCCUGGGUGUGGAUCAGCUACAGCAUUCAACGUUGGCCGACCUGGUUGACUACCACAAGGAUGAGCCCAUCACAUCUUUGGGGAAGGAACUUCUGCGUUAUCCCUGCGGCCAGAGACGCUUGGAGCCAGAUUACCUUGAUCUUUUUGAAUGAGACCAUGAGGACAGAAUUUUCUUGAAUGGACAGGUGCCAACUACUGCCAAAAACCCUUCAGUUGCUACAGUUGCCUCUUUAAUUGCAAACUUUAAAAUAUCAGUGUAUUAGAGAAGUAAAGUGUUGAUUGCUGUUAGCAGUUGUGGAUCUAGAAGCACCAUCAAGACGUGAAGAAACAGGAACCAAAUGUUGAAGAAAACAGGAAAAGUAUAAAGCCACUGUGAAUGACACUGGCAGUAUCAAGCUUUACACCAAUGUCUUUGUUUAUGCUGAUUCCUGCCCUUAUGUAUACUGUUAAAUGAAACAAUGUAAAAAAUGUCCAAAGUACAAUUCACAUUUCCUGGGAAGCAGUCUUCUCCACCAUGGCUCUUUCCAGACGUGUUAUACCAGUGGUUCCUGAACUUUGGUCCUCCAGAUGUUUUGGACUUUAGCUCCUGGGAUUCCUGAAUGGCCAAACUGGCUGGAGACUCUGGGAACUAAAGACCAACAACCUGGAGGACCAAAGUUUGGAAACUACUGUAAAGGUUCCCCUGAUAUCAAGUCUAGCCGUGUCCAACUCUGGGGGUUGGUGUUCAUCUCCAAUUCUGAGCCAAAGAGCCAGCGUUGUCCGUAGACACCUCAUGUGGCCGACAUGACUGCAUGGAGCGCCGUGACCUUCCUACUAUUGAUCUACUCACAUGUGCAUGUUUUCAAACUGAUAGGUUGGCAGAGGCUGGGGCUAACAGCGGGAGCUCACUCCCUCCCCGGAUUUGAACCACCGACCUUUUGGUCAACAAGUUCAGCAGCUUUAACCUGCUGCGCCAUCAGGGCCUCCUGGAAACUACUUUAUUAGACUAUAAAUCCUAUCAUACGCAGUGUAGACUGAGCCAAGCACAUCUCAAGAAUGCCAGAUUGGGGAAGGCUGCCAUAAAAACUUGAAAGCAUUCUUAUAUUGGGCCAAAAGUCCUUUAUGUAAACACAGCUAUAACCGUCUUCUUUAGACCAAUUCCUGAAAAGGAGAUCUCUUCCCCCCUGAACCCUUUUGCCAUGCAAGUGUAAAUGAGAAAUUAUUCUUCCCUUUUAGGAAAUUUCUGGGGUUGUAUUUAACAAAGGAUAGGGUUGUGCACAUAGUUAUAAUUCUUCCCCCUUUAGAUCCUGGCUCAGGUCUCUAGAUGUUACAUUUUGUGUGAGAAUAACCAAAGUAUCUAGUGUGCCCGCUUGUCCAUUUGUGCACAUAGACACGAUGUACCAUUAUACUGGUGCUCCCUUUCGCAAGUCCACAGCUGCCUAUCUAGAUCAGGGAAACAGAUGUUGUGCUUCAGAUGUCAAUUCAAAACAGCGAGAAGCUAAGGAGAUCAAUAGAUGAGCAUCUUUAGUAAUGUGGUCUUGUAUGAAUGAAUUUUAUUACAGUUUCAGACCACAAGUGCUCUUGAAGAAUACGCUAGGGUAUGGAAAUAGUGAUGUAUGAAAGGAGCUUGCAAUUUAUAUCUAGGAAACAUUGGAUGAUAUGCUGUAUGCUUGGAAUGAAAUGCUGUCGCUAUAAGAAUAUAGAACAAAAUCAUUGCCUGAACCCCAUUACAAUUAUGCUUUAGUUCUUCAAUUACUAAAUGUAAGGAUCAAGAGGGAAAAAAAGCAUCAGUUUGCCAAAAUAAAGACAGAGUGGCCAAAAUAUUGUCACAGGCUACUCUGCACAGGCUGGUACCUAAAUCUCCCAGAAUGACUUUUUUUUUAUUAACAGUGUUAUCUACUUGUAUGUAAAUCAGGAUGUAUCAGAAAAAUAUAUUUAUAUUUUAGUCUUUCUUUUUAUUUAA